UAUGCCCUCGCUGCAGCAAAUUGCGUUCGCGAUGGAAGGCGACCAAUCGGAGCUACAGACACCGCCGCUGCCGAUCAACCCGCCGCCCAAGGUGAUGGCCAAUGGAAUCGUCUAUGGCUUUCGCACCCGGCACUUGUCCUGCAUCGAGGAGAACGAUUCGGACUCGCUGCACGGAUCGUCCAUUCCACAUGCCUACGAUAUGAUGCAGCAGGCGGACGAGACCUUCCAGAAGUUGAAUGCCAACGAGGAGCAGGACGAGUCGGGCAGCGAGGAUGGGGGAUUGGAGAACAUGGACGAUACGAUCGCAAUGAUCGAUGAAUCGCGUCUUUUGGAGGCCGACUAUCUGGAUGAGCUCGUGGCCGAGGAGCAGUUGCAGGAGCAGGACGAGGAUGAGGAGGAAUCCUCUGAUCUUGUCGACUCUGGCAAUGUGGAGGAGGACUUCUGGCAGCCGAGCUUCAAUCGGAAUGACAUCAUGAUGACCUCUGUUUAUGGAGCUCUGAAUGGCUCGUUGACGAGCGAGGUGUCUUCAACUGCAACGCCGGGCUACUCCGAAUGUGCCACGCCCAGAAAGGAGGCGGAACCCGUUUAUGCCACGCCGGAAAAGCGAAGAGCCAGCAAUCGGAGUUUCGACUCCACCUGCGCCUCGCUCACCAGUUCCUUAUACGGCGGAUCUAUGAACUCCUCGCUGGACCUCAAGUACUCAUCCCUGGGUGGUGGCGACUUGGUCAGUGGUGGCAUUAGUGGAACCAGUACGUUGCGAGGAACUUCGGUGCCGCCAAUGGACCUGUCCAUGAUGUCCAGCGAUGGAGUUAGUGCCCUGGAAUGGGGAUCUGCCAGUGUGAGCUGUGUUUUGGACUCCGGCGAUGGGAAUCCCGCCGAGGAGCUCAACGAGGAAAUGGCCGCCAAGUGCUUGAGUGCAGCGGAAAGUGAUCUUCAGUCCAUUCGACGACUCCUGGAGCACGAUGCCAGUGGAUCCGUGUGCCCCUCCUGCCGCAUAUCCUUCGACAAGGGCAAGAGACGGAAACUGAUCGACACCUGCGGCCACGAGCGGUGCUAUUCCUGCAUGUUCCGCAACGACCAGUGCCCCAUGUGCAUGAACAGCUCGCUGAAAGAUGUUGAUGGCGCCAAUGCCCAGGGCUAUGACACCGGAAUCGGUGGCUCCACAUCGACGAUAGUGAGUCCUCUUGGAUCUCCGCAGCCGCAGCUCAGAUCGCAUGCGCAACGGAACGCGGCGCUGGCGCGCUACAUGCAGCAGCACCGCCAGGAGUCGCAGUCGCCGGACUACCACCAUCGCUAUGCGAGCAAUGGCAAGCUGCCCCGGGCGGCGGCACUGUCUACCAAUGGCAAUGGAUUUACCACCGGCACCACGCAAACGGUCACAGUGGAUGUGCAUCACCAGCUCGGCGGAGGAGGAGGUGCCGCCGCCGCGGCCAAGCAGUUGAUGGCCAACGGCAUUGGCAGCGGCAUCAGUGGCCACAGUCGCAGCAGCAGCCUGAGCCACAACAUCCAUGCGGCGGCCUACAGCGAGCUGAGUGCCGCACCACCGGCCUUUGCCACACCGCCGACGCGUAGGCGGUUCUUUAACCACAAGAAUCUGCGCAGUGCACUCACUGGAGGAAGUGGCGGAGGAUCGGGAGUCGGCGGUGGGGUGGGAGGAGCUGGAGGUGUGGGCGGCGGCCAUCGACGCACUGCCUCCAAUGGGGGUUGUCCCAUUGACACAGCAUCAAUCCUGUCCGGAGAUCAUACUCAUCAGCAUCAUCACCGCGACAAUCAGCCGGAGGGAAAGGAGACCAAUGCCCUCAACACAUCCACCUGCUCGGACUCGGCAGUCACCAGGAGGCGGCGUAAGAACGUGAGCAACCACAACCUGAAGACCUCCGCCCGCCAUGGAGCAAGUAGCGAGAAUCGCCUGAACAGGCUCAGUUUGGCCGGAACGUCCGUCUAUGCGGGUCAUUUGUCCUCUUUGGUCUUUGGCAAGAUCAAGUCUCUGUGGAGCGUGAACUCCUCCAAUUCCAGCGAGGCGGGACUGAAUCAAUUAGCAGGAAGCGACGCUAUUGACCACCACUCCUCCUUCCUGAAUGAGAAGCUGCAGAAGGAUCAGCUCCACGCCCGUCUCGGUCUGCUGCUCAACGAUCCCGGCAGCAAUGGAAACAGCAGCAGCAGCGGAAGUGGUUGUGAACCCAUCUCGGCCCAUUCCACCACCAGCACCACGAGCAGCAGCGGCGUGGGAGCGGCCAGCACCACCACGAGCGGUUCCUCGCAGAAUGUCAGUCCGGAGCAAACGCUGGCCAGCGGAGCCGGAAUGCUCAGUGGCAGCCAGCUGUCGGUGGCCACCAGUCAUGGGGUCAAAGAGGAUGCACUGAGUCUGUGCGGCAAAUUCAAGGCUGGCUGCUCCAUGCUGCACGUCUACGAAGCAUUGCCCAGCAAGAGUCGGAAGGGAAAUGUACGAAGAUCGACGCGUGGUCAGCAGGGAUCCAGUUCGAGCGCAUCGGCGGCAUCAGCAGUGGGAUCCCGGGUGACAGCCUCCAGUUUGGCGGCUGUGCAGUUGGCCCUGAAGCCACUGUUCUUCGAGGUGCCGCUGCAGGAACCGGAUCCACCAUAUGUGGGUCGCCAAUGGCUGGUGCAGCAGUUGUCCAACAUCCUGCUUGGCACCGAGACACGGGUGGUGCUCAUUAACGGCCAGCCGGGCACUGGAAAGACUGCGUUUUGCCUGCAGCUGGUGGAGUACUCCUGCUUUGGCCGCCGGCAGAUGCAGGAUGAUCCCGAUGGCAUUUACAGCCAGCUUCAGUUGGGCGCCCACUGUGAGCGCAUGCGCGGACUGGCCUCCCACAUGGUUGGCUAUCACUUCUGCCAGGCGGACGCCAAUCUCACCUGCCAGGUGCCCGAUUUCGUGCACUCUCUGGCCGCCCAACUGUGUCAGGCGCCGCAGUUAACCGCCUACAGGGAUUAUCUGCUCUCGGAGCCGCAUCUCCAGGACAUUCUCAGUGUGCGCGAGUGCAUCGCAGAUGCGGAGAGAGUGAUGAAGCUGGCUAUACUGGAGCCACUGGCUCACCUUCAUCGGGCUGGAAAGAUUCCAGCCAAAGUGGCCGUCAUCGUGGUGGAUGCCUUGUGCGAAGCGGAGUACCAUCGUCCCGAUCAUGGUCACACCAUUGCUAGUUUCUUGGCACAGCUAACACCACAUUUUCCAGCCUGGCUCAAGCUGGUAGCCACUGUGAGGACCCAGAUGCUGGAGCUGGUGAAGGCACCCAGCUACACACAGCUUACCCUGGACAGUUGGGCUAGCAGCCAGGCGUUGCAGCAGGAUAUGCUGGAUUACGUAGGCGCCCGGCUGGCAGAUAGUCCGGAAAUUCGAAUGAACAUCGGCGGCGGAGGAGGCCAGAACUCGCAGUCGGGCAGCCAACCGCAGACGAAGUUCGUGUCCCAUCUUCAGUCCCUGAGCAGGGGCUCCAUGCUGUACGCCAAGCUCAUCCUGGAUCUCAUUGCACGCGGCCAGUUGGUUAUAAAGUCAUCCAGCUACAAAGUGCUGCCGGUCUCACUCGCCCAGAUCUUUUUGCUGCACUUCAACCUGCGCUUUCCCACCGCCCGUAGCUUUGAGCAGGCUGCUCCAAUCCUUAAUAUCUGCCUUGCUGCUCUGUAUCCUCUGACGCUGGACGAGAUCUACUACAGUAUGGAGGCACUGAGUCACGGACGGGAGGCACUAAGCUGGCCGGAUUUCAUGCAACGCUUUAAGCUGCUGGAUGGAUUUUUAAUCAAGAGGUUGGACAACACGUACAUGUUCUUUCACAGCUCCUUGAGGGAGUGGCUCAUGCGUCGGGAUGAGGGGGAGUCCAAUAAGUUUCUCUGCGACGCCCGGCUGGGUCACGCUGGAAUCGCUUUCCGAUUAUCCCGCCUGCAGGCUCCAUUGUCACCUCAGCUCACACUGGAACUGGGUCACCACAUGCUGAAAGCACAUUUGUACGGAGGAACUAGUCUGACGCUGCUUUCUCCGCGGGAUUUACAAUCCUAUUGGUUGGCGGGAGCUGCGGAUAACAUUUCCUCCUCGCUGGGCGCCCUGCGAAAUGUCUACAGUCCGAACCUAAAGGUUUCCCGACUAGUUCUCUUGGCAGGAGCUUCACCGAAUCACCGCACGGAUUACAUGGGUGGAGCUCCGAUCCUUUGCAUAGCUGCGCAUGAGGGAAUCCUUCCCAUGGUUAGCCUGCUCCUGGAAUUCGGUGCCGACGUGGGUCUGACCAACAGCCAGGGCUGUACUCCAUUGAUACUGGCCGCCAUGCGGGGUCACUGCGACGUAGUGCGUCCAUUGGUAGCCGCCGGCAGCAGCCUCGGUCAAUUGGACAUCACGCAGCGCUGUGCUCUAGUUCAUGCCGCCCGGAUGGGUCACCUCAGUGUGGUCAAAUACUUGCUCGCCUGCGACUGGUCUCCACGACCGCACUCGCAAGAUGUCACCAGAUCGGUGGCCUUGCAGCAGGCGCUCAUUGGAGCUGCCGCGCAGGCUCACUGCAAGAUCCUGGAGGAUCUUCUGGAUCUCAAUGAGACCGAGUUUGACCUGGACGUAAAUGGCAUGGAGCCAAGCAGUGGUGAACUGGCGCUAACCGCCGCAGCACGUCACGGAUGCGUUGAUGUCGUAGGAAUCCUAAUCUCCCGUGGCGCUCAGAUCGAUGCAAGGAAUCGGCAGGGAUACUCGGCCCUUUGGUUGGCUGUCAAGGAGGGUCACUGGAGCGUGGUGGAGCAUUUGCUGCAACGUGGAGCCCUGCUAGAUGAACCAUUGGGACAGACGCGCAAGACGCCGCUAAUGAUUGCGGCGGAGGAGGGACACCUGGAGCUGGUCGAUCUGCUGCUGGCGCGGGGAGCGCAACGAGAAGCGCAGGAUCACGAGGGAUUCACGGCACUCAGCUGGGCCUGUUUACGUGGCCACUUGGCGGCGGCCAAGACGCUCAUAGAACACGGCUGUAAUCGCCACCACGAGGAUCACAAUGGACGCACAGCUCUGGAUCUGGCAGCCUAUCAGGGAGCCGCUAGCCUGGUGCUCUAUAUCCUCGAGCAGGGCGGUAAUCUGGAACACAUCGAUGUCCAUGGAAUGCGUCCCCUGGAUAGGGCCAUUGCCUGCCGCAACAUCCAGGCCGUGCAGGUGUUCCUGCGCAAGGGUGCCAAACUGGGACCGACCACUUGGAGCAUGGCCAUGGGCAAGCCGGAGAUUCUGGUCAUACUACUGAACAAGCUGCUGGAGGACGGUAAUGUGCUGUAUAGGAAAAACCGCUUCCAGGAGGCGGCACAUCGCUAUCAGUAUGCCCUGCGCAAGAUCUCCGGACUGGAGCAGUUACUCGAAAGGAAUGCCAUCUUCGCCCAGCUGCGGACCAAUCUUCUGCUGAAUCUGUCGCGCUGCAAGCGAAAACUGAAUGAACUUGACGCCUCCAUAGAUUUGGCCACGCAGGCGAUUGCCCAGAAGCCGCACAGCUACGAAGGAUACUACGCCAGGGCAAAGGCGCGCAUGGAACUUGGUGCAUUGAAUGAAGCACUUGUGGACGCCAAUGAGGCGAUGCAGCAGGCCGCCCAAAGCGGUGUGCUCUGCGAAGUGGUCGAGGUGCUGAAGCGCAUCCAGACCGAGCUGCUCACGCGGAUCAGCAUCAGCAGCGAGGAUCAGACCGGCAGGAUGUCGAAUAUCGGUGGCGGGGCAUCCGUCACAUACGAAUCUCAUCAUGAGAUCACCGAUUUGUAAAUGUCGAUUGUUGUGUAUUGUUGUACUCGUCGUAUACCCUUCGAAUUAAUCACUAUUCCUACUUAAGAGCUACCCUAGACCUUAAUUUUUGCUAUUUAUUGCCUUCGAAUGUUUUUAAUUUAAACCCACUGAAACUAUCUUUGUAAUUUCUUUUAAAAUUGUCUUUUUAAUUGUAUCUGCGCAUGUAAAAAUUAGUUUUAUACUCUGAUUUAGCAUAGGCAUCAGUUCUUAUCCAUAACGAAUAUUAAAUAAAUUCGAAUUCUUUUAAGAUUUAAUAAACA